AUGUGGCGGGAUCGCACCAACCUCUACAUCUCCUACCGCCAGUCGUUCACCCACCAUCCCGCCAAGAAGCCACGUUAUAACGGCUUCUCCGACCCGCUCGCUCCCUCCGAAGAAAGCAGAAGACUCAUCUCGGAGUCCGGAGGGUUUGACGACGAUGGAGACGCAAUCAUUGAGAUGGAUAUCUUGCCCCCGCGGUGGGUUGAUGUCCAGGAAGAGGUGACGGAGCUGCUAGCGGACAUUGCGCAGAAGUCUGCGCAACUGGACAAGCUGCAUCACAAGCAUCUUCUCCCGGGAUUCGGAGAUGAAGACGCCCGGAAACAAGAGGAACAUGUCAUCGAGCGACUCACCCAGGAGGUCACUCGUGGGUUUCACCAGUGUCAGAAGGCGGUCCAGAAGAUCGAGGUCAUGGUGCGCGAGGCCAAGCAACAGGGCGGAGUGAGCAGCGGCGAUGAAACCAUGGCAAAGAACAUCCAAAUAUCGCUAGCAUCUCGGGUCCAAGAGGCGAGUGCCCGAUUUCGGAAGAAACAGAGUACCUACUUGAAAAAGUUGCGAGGACUCGAGGGCUCCGCACCGUCGUUCGACCGCUCCCCCACGCCUGUACAGAACCCUUAUACGGACCCUUCGCUGAUGGAAUCGGAUGCGGAUAAAUCGUUCUCACAAACAACUCUGAUGCAAACGUCGCAGCGGCUCGUUACAGGUCAGAACGAUGCUGCCAUUAUGCAACGCGAGAGAGAGAUCAACGAUAUCGCCAAGGGCAUCAUUGAGCUAUCAGACAUUUUCCGUGAGCUACAGGCUAUGGUGAUCGAUCAAGGGACCAUGCUGGAUCGAAUAGACUACAACGUGGAGCGAAUGGGCACGGAGGUCAAGGCCGCCGACAAGGAACUCAAAGUCGUAAGUUGCACCUGCAUUAAGCACUCUAUCUGGUCCCAGGCUCACUGA